CUCCGCUGUCAGCCAUGGCACUCAACACCACAACAAACGCUCUCUUAGCCGGCCAGGCGUUCUGGGGGCCCGUCACCGCUACUCUCGACUGGUGCGAGGUUAACUACCAGUUCUCGCGUUACAUCGCGGAAGUCGCGAACAGCUUUUCGAACCUCUUCACGAUCGGCCUCGCGGUGUAUGGAGCGGCACAAUCGGUUACGGAGAAGCUGCCGCCAAGAUACUUGGUCGGGUACGCGGGAUUUGCGUUGGUCGGAAUAGGGAGUUUUAUGUUCCAUGCCACCCUCCUUUUCGAAGCCCAGCUCAUGGAUGAACUACCCAUGAUCUACGUUGCCAGCUACUGCUGCGCUGUCCUCUUCGACACGUCCCGCGGGUUUGACCUGCGCCAGUCGAAUGCGGGGCAACUGGGCGUUAUCUUUAUGGUGUUUAACGUGCUGUUUACCUGGUCUUACUACACCAAUCGCAACCCAAUCUAUCACCAAGCGGUCUUCGCAGUCUUGAUGUUGACCACAACGUUCCGCACCGCCUACCUCCUCCGACACGGUGAGAUUUCGAAGCGGCUGCACCAAGCCCAACGCUCCACUAUCGCGCGCAUGUUCGGUUCGGGGGCUGCGACUUUCGCGUUUGGAUUCCUUAUCUGGAACUUGGACAACGUCUUCUGUUCUCAUAUCACCCGCUGGAAGCAGUCCGUCGGUUGGCCGGCUGCUUUCCUGCUUGAGGGUCACUCUUGGUGGCACGUUCUGACCGCAAUCGGCACUUACCUGAUGUUAAUUGGAAACACUUAUCGUACUCUCUGCAUCAAGGAUGAUCCUAACAACUACACGGUCACCAAGGUACACGGUCUACCGCGCAUACAGCGCACCGACGGGGCGAAGAAGCAGUGAACCCAGUGGAUGCUACUCUUGGUAUUGGAAUGUUCCGAGCUCCUUCCUUUCAUCUCAUCUCACGACCAUCACGUCCCAUAUUCCUAUCUCAUUGACCUCUGCCAAGAAUCAUUGCUUUCUCCUACUACCUCUACGUCAGGGACUACGGUGGGCAUGUCACACAUCCGAGCGCUCGUUAUUAGGCAUCGUGUAUCAAGUCAAUACAUCUGUAUUAUCUCCUAG